AUGAGGGACGCCAUCACCAUGUUACAGGGCCAUGGAAAGUUUAGCCACAGCGGGUAUUCAUCAAUCUGGCGCGUCCACGCGCUAAACUUCAACCCUCUCGCUAUCCGAGAGAUCAUUGAUAGCCGGAAACGCACGCUCUGGGAGCUGUCGGAUACGCGCAUGGAUUAUCUACACAAGAUAUGGCUCCGGAAAAAACCCGCGGACCCAGACCUGGCUGCCGUGCUUCAAGUACUCGAGGUAACUGAAGCUUCGGCGUUCGAUCUCCUCGCCUUAUUGUGUUGUUUUCACCACAGAGAUAUACCUCUCUGCUUAGUUGCGGCGCGGUCCGGUGCGUCUCCUUCGACAUUGGAGACAGACAAGGAUGAAGAAUUCGGUAUUCUGAGACGCCUACAUCUGAUCACGACAAGUUACACGUACUGCGAUGUCGAGUUCGGUUGCGAGGUCUUUCAGCGCGGCCUCGAGAUUCUUCCUGGUAUAGAAGCCUUCGUGCUCUGGUAUCUGGAAACAUCAGGGAGACUGGAGAAACACCGAGCUUUAUUUCUUGCGCGGCUCGCCAAAGCCUUUGAUUCGCAUUCAAAGGACCUUGAAGCUGUGACCCCUGGGUUCCGUCAUCUGAGACUCGUUCCUCAUGGGCAAAAUGCGUUUGGUCUUUUCCCUGAAGGGAAGGAUGCUCGGGAUGACUGGGAAUCCGUCAUCUACAACACUGGUCGUUGUAUUCAAGAAAACCAGCUGCCGGUGGGCAACAUGUUUCCAAUGAUGGAGGAGGUGGCUUAUAUUCGUAACUCAUCUCUCGAAUCGGACCCGGAGUCACCUCUCGAAUCGGACCCGGAGUCACCUCUCGAAUGGGACACGAAGUCACGUCUCGAACUGGCCCACGAUAAAACUCUUUCAACCUUAAACGUACUGGUACGCCUCCUUCGCGAAAACGGCAAGAACCAAUGGCAAUCGAAGGUUUCGGAGCAGAUGGUGCUCGCGAAGGAACGCAACCUUGGCCACAGCCCCUCACAGAAGGAGACAUCAUCCGAUAAAGAACAGUCAGCUGGUGAGAAAUGGAUCUUGGAAAACGCUAUUGAACAGUUUGGGAGACUGCUUAACGAACUAAGCAUGUCACCCCUUAUUGUAGGCAAAAGGAAACCUCUCAGCUCGAGCAUGUCCGAUGCGGCGUGCCUGGUCGAGGAAAUGAUCGAGCUGCAGUACAGAACUUACAUUGAGCUGGGCUCAGAAACGGCACAGAAACUAUACCGCCUUGCAAUGCUUUUGUCGACAUAUGAAACGCUCCCGCAAGUCGAGAGAUUGCUUGGCUGCGGAGAGCUACUUUCGAUGGAUUUGCGCGAGAUUGUGCCAGGGGGCAUUGACCGUCUGCGCCAGAGACUCGAGAGGAGUGCAGCUAACUUCACCCUGGUACCCAUCCGGCUGCGACUCUCGCCUCGGAACUUCAAGACAAAACAAUUGCCGCCGCAGAAGGAGAUUGAAGAACUGCGCUAUGUUUAUGAACCAUGGGUGAUAGAGGUCGAGUAUUAUGACAUACCCCUGAAUCACCUCAUGAAACCGGGACAGCACCUUGACGACUUUUGGCUGACGACGUUUCCAACGAAACUGAGAGAACCCCUGGUAAGACGCGGCGGCGUCAGUGGUCGCGAGCCAUGCGUUGGCUGGGGUAUUCGAAUUAACGAGAAGGUCAGCGAGAUGUACAUACUUCAACUGCUGUCCAUAGCAGUGGUGCCCGUAUCCGUUGCGACGAUCCUGUACGGUAAGUUUGUAGCCAGUUGGGGCACCGACCUGGGGCAGUUCCUCUUUGCGAUACUGGCUGUCUGGCUGCCGUUCCUGUGGCAGGCCUUGGCCCAGGGUUCGGACGACAAUGCGGGCGGGUGA